AGAAAAAAAAAACAAUAAAUAAAUUAAUGAAUGCGUAACGUCUCCACAAGGACCAAACUCACACUCUCACCGGGGACGUUGUGUGUUUUUCCACCGACGGCCACCGUGGAAACUAAUCUUACCGGCGAAAUUAUCGGCAUGUCUGACGGAGACGAACAAUUUGUUCCUCAUCAUCGUUGGGAAGGAACCUCUAGUUAUUAUGAAUGCAAUGAACACAACUCAGACUUUGAAAUCUCUGGAGAAGAAAAAAGAAGUAAAAUGGGAACAUUAAAGAAGGCAGCAAAGAAUGCAUCAAGUAGAAUUCGACACUCUCUGAAGAAGAAAAGUAGGAAGAAAAACAAUCACGAACUUUCCAUUUCUAUUGAAGAUGUGCGUGAUCCCGAAGAGGUAAAUUCAGUAAAUAAUUUUCGACAAAUCCUGGUAGCAGAAGAGUUUCUUCCUCCACAAUUUGAUGAUUAUUUCACAAUGUUGAGGUUCUUAAAAGCCAGGAACUUUGAUAUUGAAAAAUCAAAGCAUAUGUGGGUUAACAUGCUUCAAUGGAGGAAAGCAUUUGGUACUGACAAUAUCUUUGAGGAUUUUGAGUUCAAUGAGCUGAAAGAAGUUCUGGAACACUAUCCUCAAGGGUAUCAUGGUGUAGAUAAAGAAGGAAGGCCUAUUUAUAUAGAGUUAUUAGGAAAAUCUGAUCCAGAUAAGGUUAUGUUAGUGACAACAUUGGAGAGAUAUGUAACGUAUCACGUGCAGGAGUUUGAGAAGACUACUUCCAUCAGGUUUCCUGCUUGCUCUUUAGCUGCACAUAAACGUAUCACUUCUGGGACUACAAUUUUAGAUGUUCAAGGCGUGGGUUUGAAGAACCUAACUAGGUCUGCUUUAGAUGUUAUCAGGAAGUUGCAGCAAAUCGACAAUGACUACUACCCUGAGACACUUGGUCGCAUGUAUAUUGUCAACGCGGGUUCUGGAUUUAAAAUGAUAUGGAAAGCAAUCCAAAACUUUCUUGAUCCUAAAACUAGAUCCAAAAUUCAUGUUCUUGGCCAUAAAUAUAAAAACACUUUGCUUGAAGUAAUUGAUGCAAGUGAGUUGCCAGAGUUUCUGGGUGGAAGUUGUAAUUGCAGAGAGCAAGGGGGUUGUCUGCAAUCUGAUAAAGGACCAUGGCAAGACCACAACAUAUUGCAGCUGGUUUCUAGUGGCAAAGCAAAAUGUUGUGUCCAAGAAAUCUCAACAUUAAGUAGCGAAGCAUCAACAGCAGAAUCAGCUUCUGAAAUUGAAGAGAUUGCUCAUAAAGGUACAAAACACAAUAAAGAUCCAAUAUUGGCUCCUGUUUAUGAAGAACACGAAAAGGAUAUUCCAGUGGAUAGAGUUGUGGACAAAAGAUUAAAGAAAGAAGCUUCUCAUCAAGAGCCAGUUGUAAUUCAAGGCCCACAAAUGGCUACAUCAACAUUUCAUGCUCAUAUAUGGAUUUCACUCAUGUUCUUUCUAUCCAUUUUUGCUUUUGUUCGAUCAGUUGGAGUUUCAGUAUCUAAUUUAGCCAUGAACACUAUUCUUUUAAUAAGAAGACCAAAUAUUGAGGCAGAAUUAUCAUAUCUUGUGCAAAAAGUUUGUGAGCUUGAGGGAAAAUUUAACAAUUUGCAGUUGAAAUCAGAGGAGUUGCCUAAUGAUAAAGUGGAACUACUCAAUGCUACUGUUUGUCGUGUAGAUGCUUUAGAAGCUGAGUUAAUUUCUACAAAACAGGCGUUACAUGAAGCUCUAAUGAAACAAGAUGAACUUCUUGCUUAUGUUGAUGGACAGAAAAGAGUUGAGUCUCGGGUAUGUUACACAGGACAUGAUGAUUUUAUACUGAUAAAUGACCAUUUAUAUUCUUAAAAGAUUUAGUGAUGAAUGUGUCUUUGAUGAAGGGAAGAAACUUUGCUUGUAAGAUGGCAUGUUUCAAAUAACAAUCCACCUCAUGGAUCUCAAUCACAUUUUCCAUAUGUAAAGAUUUGAUGUAUGUGUAAAGGUUUGGAUUUUGGAACCAGAUGUUUUUUGAAGUUUUUAUAGGCAUCAUUCAUUUGUGUAUUGUGUAUAUAUGUAUUUUUUAACGUACAUAUAUGAUUAAUAUUUUUUUUGGUUUUGAUAAAAAGUAUUGAUUAUGUUACUAAUUGUAAAGUAAGUUUCAUGUGUUCA